AUCCAUCGCGGCUUCCGUAGAGAGAGGAGGCGGAGGACUGCUCCCCUUUGACGUGGAAUAUUUCCGUGCAGAGACGAUGGAGAAGUAGCAGCGCGGCGAAGCUGAAAACCACCAGAGCCAGGCAGGAUUUGAAGCCCUGAAAAGCCAGUCAGGUCCGGAUCGUUCCGGAGCUCUGACUCAAGCCGGUCCACAGGAGAGGCUGGAGCCGCCGCGCUGCGCGCCUCCCUCCGGUCAGCUACAAUCAUGAUUAAAGCCAUUUUAAUAUUCAACAACCACGGCAAACCGAGGCUUUCUAAAUUCUACGAACACUAUAAUGAAGACACGGAGCAACAGAUCAUCAGGGAAACCUUCCACCUGGUCUCAAAAAGAGACGAAAACGUCUGCAAUUUCCUAGAAGGCGGAUUGUUGAUUGGAGGGUCGGACUACAAGCUGAUCUACAGACACUACGCCACGCUGUACUUCGUGUUUUGUGUCGACUCUUCAGAGAGCGAACUGGGAAUUUUAGAUUUAAUUCAGGUUUUUGUGGAAACACUGGACAAAUGCUUUGAGAAUGUCUGUGAGCUUGACUUAAUUUUCCACGUAGACAAGGUCCACCACAUCCUGGCAGAGAUGGUGAUGGGCGGCAUGGUCCUGGAGACCAACAUGAACGAAAUCAUCAUGCAGGUGGACGCCCAGAACAAGAUGGAGAAGUCUGAGGCUGGCAUCGCAGGAGCGCCGGCUCGCGCAGUGUCAGCGGUAAAGAACAUGAACCUCCCGGAAAUGCCCAAAAACAUCAACAUCGGCGACAUCAGCAUAAAAGUGCCAAAUUUACCCUCCUUCAAAUAGCGGCAGCAAGAUCCAUGAACCUUGAGGUGUUGGCCGAUGUUUACCGUGGCGCCAUCUGUUUACCAAAACAUCAAAUUACUAACUUUUAUCAGUCUUGAAGGUACUGUGUGAUUUCACACUCCAUGUUGUGGUGUUAUCUCCUUGGUUACAUUGUUGAGCAACGUAUUAUAUGUUCUGUUUUUUUUUUUUCUGUUUUGAAGGAGAAAAGAGAAAUAUUUAUCAGAUUUACAUUCCUUCUGCCUCGCUGGAGGUUGGCUUGUAGCGUUCAGCACCUCUCUUAGAGAUCUGCGGAGAUUUGUUACUGAAAUGAAAUGGAAAAGUGUUUACUCCAAAGAGGAAGGAUGGUGGAGUUUUUUUGUUUUGUUUUUGUUUGUUUUUAAGGGGGUGGAGUUGGAAUCAAGUGAAGAAAAUGACAUAUUUUCAGUUCAGCUUCAGUGUUUUAGGCAUAAAUUACAGAAUAUUGUUAUAAUAAAUUAGAGACUCAGAAAUAAAAACUUAUAUACAUGCUGAUAUUUCUUCUCUUAUAGGCACGGUGAUGAUUUUUAAAGAUAUGUCAUGUUUUAUGGAAUUAUUAUUUUAAUUUUCUUCUAAGUAUGAUUGCCUUAGCUUCUUUUUUUUCAACAAUAAACUGGCAAAACUCAA